AUGCUGGAGGCGCAGCCCUGCGGGGAGAAGAAGGGGGAGGCGCAGUCGAUUUCGAAAUACCUACGGAGCCUUUACGGAAAUGGCGUAGCGAACAAGAAGGAUGUGAUGAAGCACCUGAGGAGGCGACUAUACAAUGACCCAAAGGUAGAAGAUAUGCAUAAAAAAUUAAAAGAAAUACAUGGAAAUAGUGGUAUCUGUACGGAACAGUGGAAGGAAGGUAGUUUCGCAUUUAAGUGUUAUAACUGUGAAGGAGAUCCAACAUGUGCUAUUUGUGCAAAGUGCUUUUUUGGAUCCAAUCAUAAAAACCAUGUGUACAGAUUAACACACACUAGUGGAGGGUGUUGUGAUUGUGGAGAUACGUCAUGGAAUAUAAAAGGAGCUUGUUUUGAUCAUCGAGGAAUGGAUGAGCAGUACUUAGUUGAUAAGUACAUACUGAAAGAUGACAUAAAGAACAGGAUGAAGGAGGACUUGGAGAGUCUAGUGGGUUCUUUAUUUAAAGAAAUAAUACUCAAAGAUGGGUAUUUUCUCUCACUAGCCAAUGCCCAAUACAUAGAGUAUGGACUGGAAUUUUUUAAAGAUCUAGGUAUCACGAGUUACCUCUUCAGACAACAAAGGUUUGCUUUCAAGUUGUCCAAAUAUUACAGUGUCGUAGUCCGUGUUCUAGAUAAUAAGUCCUACAACGAUAACCAUUUUUUAAACGGAUUGACUGUACAGGUAUUGACUGUGCCAGAAAUUGCAUACACCUUAGUAUUAAAUAAUUUUUUAAAUGACUUGAUAAAGCUGAUUGAAGAUUUUUGUGUCUAUAGUCCUACUACGAGGUGCAUUAUGUUCAAGAAUAUACUACGUUCCGACAUCGAGGAAAUUAUUCGAAUUUGUGUCGACAUGAAAUACCUACUGUACCACAAUGAUGUGAUAAAAAUUCUGCUUUUUAAUAAAUAUAUUAUUAAAAAAAUACUUCAUCUACUCUCCUUGUUACAUAGAAUGAAUUCACAAAUGAGAUACACAAAGGCACAUAUCAUAUAUGAAGACUUGUCAAGCUCCUAUGCUAUCACAAUAGAGAAUUACCUUCUUCGUGUUUUUGAACCUUUGGCUAGUUUUUGUAAAAGAGAAUUGAAUGCUAAUUUUAGGAACCUUUUUUUGUUGUAUCAACUGACCAUAGAGAGUAUUUGCUCUUUGAAUUUGUUUCCCUUUUCUGGGGACUCUUCUCCUGACACGGGGGUUGUACGUCCUAAACGGAGAAUCAAGCGGGAUCGCCCUUUCUUCAGGGUUAAGAAGUGCGUGCUGUCUGCUUCCCAGCGCGCUGGCCCGCACAGCGACACUGCCGACGAGGGGGCUGGCGGGGGGACUGGCGGCGCGAACAGCGCGAGCAACGCGAACGGCACCGCCAACAACGCCAACAACGCCAACAACGCGAACGGCGCCGCGAACAACGCCAAGCAGGAACAACCGCGCAGGAGGUUGAAGCACCUGCGCUCGCUGCACUCGCCGCUCGUCCGCUUCUUCAUGAUGAUUCUCAACUUCGACGUGGUGAAGAAGUGCCUCGACGAUGUGUACUGGUACAAGUACAUCUACCUGAGGAGGUCACCAAGCAAGGGGGAGGAAGCGGGUACCUCGUCGCGCACACCGCCAAGAAAUACGGCUCAACGCGCUCUCAUCGUGCGAGCCUUCCUAAGGGACUUCUACUCCGUGGAGCAAACCCCUCCAGAAACACUCACCAAGAGGAAGGACAUCCAACAAAGGUACGAAGACGAUGGGAACAAAAUAAAAAUGAGGCUAUUUCAUCGGAAGCCAUUUCUAAACGAGGUGCAGGAUGUGAAAAAUGAAAAAACGAGAGCCUAUCUAUCAGAACUGAAAGACCUGGAGGACAGACAUUUUAAGUGGGUCAUUCAAACCAUCGAUUCGAAGGAAAAGGAAGAAGACAACAAAAUUGUGUUUAGAAAAAGUAUUCAAGAAAAAAAGGUCAAAGUGAAAUGCAAAAAUGACCUCAUUGAAAAAAAUAAAAAAAAAAGACCUAGAAUUUAAAUGAGAGACGUGUUCGAUUUUCUCAACCUUUUCAAUUUGAAGCUCUUGAAGUGGAUCCUCUUUGUUAAUGUACAUGUGCUAAUAUUUAUUUAUGAAAUAAAAUACGGCUAUUGGGUUCGCAACGGACCACAGAUGACCUUUCAGGUAAAUGAGUACGAAAAUUCGUUCUUUUUCCAAAACGAUUUGAUAGGAAUCCAAUUCGCCAUCAUCAUGAUGAAUAUACUACCCAUAUAUCAAAACCAGAGAGUUAAAAUUGACCAGGGGACACUAAGUAUGAUGAGAAAAUUAUUUAAUCAGUACAUUGGCUCGAAUGGAACUUGCAAGGAGGGGGGGGUUGCCGGCGACUCAGUGCAUGGGUUCACCUCGGGGACGGACAGCAGCUCGAGGGGAGAGCUCGGAGAGGAGCUGCACACACCAGGGGGGGAGGUUCUCACACCAGGGGAGGAGUUUCGCACACCAGGGGAGGAGCUGCACACACCAGGGGAGCCGCUUCACACAGCGGGGGAGCCGCUCCUGUGCGGUCAUAUAGAAAGAACAGUGGAGGAGGGGGCAAAUCUCCAAAAUGGAACAAACGAUGACGUUUUAGACCAUGGUGAGGACCUCCACGCAGAGGAACAAAACCUCAUAUAUGACAGGAGGUAUCUGCUGGAGGGAGACAAAAAAGAAUCCAGCGCAGUGUACGGAGGGGACUCUUCAAAGAACAACUCAGGGGAGGGAUAUACCUACAGGAGACAGAGCGAUCUGACCAAGGUGGUAAGCGACAAGCAAAGAAUAGACUUCGACGCAGUGUAUAGCUUCUUAGGGAGUUACGCACAUGGACGCACAAAGAAGGAACCACCCCCUGUAUUGAAAAAACCAGAGGAUGGAAAGAGCCCCAGUACAAGUACCCCAAAAAAACAUGAAUGGAACGACUACGUAAAACACUUCAUGGAGGAAAAAAUAACGAAUCCGUUUGUAAUCCUGUAUCAGUUAAUUUUUAAAAAUUUCAGAUUUAAUCUAAAUCUAAAUAUAGACUCAAGAAAAAUCAGUUACGUGUUUUAUUUUCAAUUUUUUUAUGAUCUCCUAGUGAGAUUAUUCAACGAGUUGUACUACUUCGAGUUCAGUAAUAUCCCGAGGAAGACAUCCCAAGAAAAAUAUAAAAAAAGAGGCAAAUACUACGUUAAGAAAAUACUGAUACAACUGUUAGCCGCGAAGGAUUUUCAGUACUUCCAAUUAGAGGAUGAAUUUCCAAAACAGUUUAGAUACCAUCCCAGUUUUUAUGAGCUGACGAAUAAGUAUGGUUAUACUACUCACAUGCCAAGGAGUAACGUUAAUUUGAUAAAACUGAACAAGAACGCUUGGUUUUUGUAUGAUGCUUUUUGGCCAAUUGCAAAUUAUAAGGAUUUUCAAUCGGCCAACGAGAGAUGCAUUAAGGAGGAGAAGGCUUCUUACAUCGGUUGCUCUAGGGAAGAGGACAGGGAAUACAUGAAUGCCUCCUUCGUUAAGGUGCAGAACCUGUUGUUCUACGCCUUUAAGCGGAGCUGCCUCGUCCCCAUGCUCAUCGCCAUUUUUGUGGUCAACGAGGAUUUCCAGCGGAGGGCGGAGGCCGCGCGGGGGGAUGGCGGUGGAGGAGGCGAUCUCCUUAGCGGUGCCGAUGGCGGUGGCCGUGGCGGUGGUGAUCCCCAUAGCGGUGGCCGUGGCGGUGGCGAUCCCCAUGCCGGUGGCGCGGUGGACGGGUCGGCCCAAGCUACCACCCCGCAGCGUAGCGAACCCACAAACGCGGACGGGGAGGGUGCAGAGAAUGAGGAGAACGCCCCAAGUGAGGAGAACGCCGAGAAUGCCGAGAACGCCGAGAAUGCCGAGAACGCCGAGAACGCCGAGAAUGCCGAGAACGCCGAAAACGCCGAGAACGCCGAGAGUGAGGAGUUCCCUUCCGAGGCCUUCGUGCUGAACGACGUCGACCUGUACAAUUUGCUCAGCCAAGGAGGAGGCAACAACGCCCCUGGGGCGGAGGAGCAGGGGAGCGGAGAGGGGCUGGACGAAGAAGCACCUGCGGGGGGAGCAGAAAGCGGUCUAACGAGCGCCAGCCCGCAGGAUAACGAGCCCCCCGCAAGCAGCAGCAGCGCAGUGGGCAGCAAUGCAGUGGACAACAACGAAGUGGCCAACAACGAAGUGGACAACAACGAAGUGGCCAACAACGCAGCGACCAACAACGAAGUGGACAACAACGAAGUGGCCAACAACGCAGCGACCAACAACGCAGCGACCAACAACGCAGCGACCAACAACGCAGCGACCAACAACGCAGGGACCAACGCAAGCAACACCCCCGCCACGCGCAGAAACAGCAACACCUACAUAAUCGUAGACGAUAACGGAGAAAACGAAACUCUUUUCGCAGAGAUAUUAAUUAGUAGGAAUCUGCAUAACUCCAUUAACAUGGAGAUCGUGAACGUAACCGAUAGUCACGUAGGAGAGGGAGGAGCUAACAGAAAUUACAGACAGCUGAAUGCGGAAGGACUCUCCGAAAUCAUUAGCGAUAUUAUAAGCGAAAAUAAUAUAAUUAACAACGUUAUUGUAGAAUCCAUUUUAGAGAAUAGAUCAGGAAUAAGGUACCUCAACCAAGUGAGGGAGAGAGGAGGUAGAAGUAUGGAUGAUGGCAUCUCUGUGGAGGACUAUGAAUCGAGUGAAGAAUUAAAUAUGACUCCCAUGGAAUCGGUGAACCCUUUACAGAUCAGUUUGUCUGAUAGGAGAGGAGGCAAUGGUACCGACGGGUUGCCAGCUGGACUUUCCUUUCCAUCCACCCCCAGUAAUAGCAGCUUGAACAGCGGCAUCGAUAUUUUUAUUAAAAUCAUCAAGUUACUCAGUAUCAUAAUGGAUGCGGCCCACCCGUUUAAAUACCUCCAUGGGUUUUACUACUCCAACUGCGGGUCGUUUGGCAGCCAUUUGGGUGACCACUCGGAUGGCCACUCGGAUGGUCACUCGGGUGGUGACUCAGAUGGUGACUUAGAUGGCCACUCGGAUGGCUACUUAGAUGACCACUCGGAUGGCUACUUAGAUGACCAUCUGGACAGCUUCCGCGUGGAGGGGCAUUCCAGCCUGAGGUGGGAGUGUCACGCCCAGGCGGGGACAGGAGACGAGUGUGAAAAGCGGCUCGAGGGGGGAGGCGGCUCCGCGAAAGAAAGUGAAAGCGGCGAUGUGAAAGAAAGCGGCUUCGCGAAAGAGAGCGGCUUCGCGAAAGAGAGCGGCUUCGCGAAAGAUAGCGGCUUCGUGAAAGAAAGCGGCUUCACGAAAGAGAGACAUACCCCUCAAGGGGACCCCCCGACCAGGAAUCACCAACCUUGUGAUGGGACCCACAAGAGAGCGAACCCAGGUGAGGACAACUACACUCUGGUAGAAUCCACAAAGGAGAAGGAAACAAGAACUGCACCAUCUCGCGAAGUGACAAAGACAGCACUCUCCAAAGGGGGCAGUCCUCAUAACGAGCAGAUUCUUAUCUUUGAUGAAAUCCAUGUACUGAAAAGGGGACGCAGAGGACAGCGGCGCACAGAGGAAGACACAGCGUCGAGUGGGAUGGUCGGAGGUGCAUGCGGCGCCCCCCCCCGAGGAACCGAGCAGAAGGGGCGGGAGGAGAAGGGACAGGCGGAGCAGACAAAAGACGGGCAGACGGAGAAGGGACAGACGGAGAAGGGACAGACGGAGAAGGGACAGACGAAGAAGGGACAGACGAAGCAGACGAAGAACACGUACGCACUGAACAAGGCGGCCUUGCAUAACCUGAUGAGGAGCAUGAGCAACAUCAACUCGAACGAAGAUAAGUGUUUCCAAAAGGUCAGAAAUACUAUAAUUGAGAGGAUGAAGGAGCUGCUCUCCGAGAGCUACGACUGCAAGAAUGUCAGCAGCAGUAACCAUUUUAUUGAAGUCGCGAAGAAGAGGCAGCAGGACCUGCUCCAAAUGAUGAAGGACCAGCAGCUCAAGUUUAGCCAGUUCCUGGAGGAGGAGUUGGACUCGGACGAGGACAUCUUCGGCGAAGCGGUAGGCGGUGUGGCAGGGGGAGCGGCAGGGGGAGCGGCAGGGGGAGCGGCAGGCGAAGUGGCGGGCGAAGGGAUAAGCGGACCUAGUGCAGACCCCACUACGGGUGAAGCCCCAGAUUCCGCCGCACCUGACGCACCUGACGCCGCGGCCGCAGUUACCGCCACUCCACACAAGGAAGAGGGGAGAGGCGCCAGGAGAGACAAACCGAACAACGCGGACAACUUGAACAAUGCGGACGACGCGAACGACGUUGCCAACUGUGAAUACGAAAGGUCGAAGGAAAAAAAUUGCAUCUGUGUACUCUGCAAAGAAGGAAUGACAAGGAAUAACUUACUGGCCUACAUCUGUUUUGCCUCCCAUUCGAACCUCUUGAAAAAAAUUAUAAAAAAACAAAAUCGCCUUUCCGUGUAAAUGACGUGUCUGCACAACACGAAAAUUUUUAUUAGCAGGAAUUCCCAAUCGCAAUCGUCUAGUCCGACUAAGUAUGAGUUUACGUGUCCGCUCUGUCGGUCCAUCGCCAAUUGCUUCGUGGUGUAUAUUCCCAAGCGGUAUGUCUCCGAAGGGGACAGUUACAGGGUCUAUGACUGUAGCGAGCGUGAGUUGCUUCUGGACCAUUCGAAUAGGAACCUGGCUGACCUUCUGAGAAGGACGAGCAGGGUGGAGGAGCUGGGUGACGAGCAGCUCGCACCGAGAGGAAGGGACACAUACCAAGCGGGGACCUCAAACGGAGUCGCAACAUCAAGCGGAGGCGAAACGGCAAACCGGGUCGAAACGGCAAACCGGGUCGCAACCUCAAACCAGGCCGAAACCCCCCACGGUGGCGUGGUCAGUAGUGCAGAUGAGCACGAAAUGGAUGACAACUCAGAGAUCGCGUCGGAUCGAUCGUUCACCUCAUCGACGAUGUCUAAUGGAGCCAUCGACAGUGACAUCCCGGAAGAGUUCCAUUUCAAGUAUAUGCGUAAAGGAAUGAAGAAUGGCUUCAAGGACAAGGCGAAAUUUUUUACGGACGAGAAGAAAGAGUUCGUCCCGAACAGCUCCAGCCAUAACGUCACAUACAACCUGUACGAUGAGAAUAAAGUGGGAGAUAUGUUUAAUGUGCGUUUUAAAAAGUUGGUUAGUAGACGGGUUCUAAAUGGGUUCUUGUCAUACGAAAAUUACGAGCUGAACAAGAAAAUGAUUUUGAGGGAGAUUUACCUCAAUGAGGGUGGCAUGUACGACGAGCUGUACCACAAGGGGGGGGAGGAUUCGCAGCGCUCCUCAUCGGGGGGGAGCAACCCACAGGAGGAAGGCGCUCCCCAAGGAGAAGUGACUCCCCAAGGAGGUGGCACUCCCCACGGAGAAGUCACUCCCCACGGGGAAGUCACCCCACUGGGGAGAAGCGGGACCGAGCUGCAUCUCCACAAGAACACACUCAACUAUGGAAACAAAGAGUUCACGUUUUCAUACAAAAAUUCAAACUUCUUUUACAGUUAUCGAAAUGGGUUCCUGGCUUACUACGUGAGUGUGCCACUGAAGUACAUAAAGCAGGUGGAAUUUUUUAUGGUGAGGGACAAUACCUUGGCCCAGUCCUCUCCAGCUGAGUGCAAGCAAUUUUAUUUCACCGCACAGAUUGAGAAGACGGAGGAGGGGAAGAAGGCAGUGGAUGAUGAAAAUAGCGAAGGGGUGGAUGUUAAAGAGGAACCUAGCACGAAGGAAAACGUGGAGGUUAUCCUAAAGUACAAUCUGGAUAGGACUCUCAUAGAGUUUAUAAAAAAUAAUUUGAAAAACGAAGACUCCAAUAUUGAAGAGGCUAUUCAGAAGUACCAACUGCCCUUCAGUAAUCAUAGCUCCUCAUCGAGUGGACAGUUGAACCAUCGAAAGGAGGAGAUGUCAGAAGAUUACAGUGAUCACCAGGACCAUCAGAUGGAGAAAAGGCCAAAGAUUGACUCGGAAGCUGUUACAAAAAAAUGGGAUGGCAAGUCGGUGCAUGGUGCAUUACCAGAGUAUGUAACUUGUGUCGGUGCACGGAGAAGCAAGGUCGACAUGGGUCCUACCAACGAAGACGAUAAGAAGGAUGGCGGUAAUGGGGCACCGCGCACGGGGGAGGAAAUCCCCACCAGUGACGCGAAUGUUGCUUCUAAUGUAGAUGAGGACAUCUCCAGAAGUGUUGAUCUCCCAAUUGGUAAGGCAGCCGAACCUGUGCUGGAAUCAAAGAGUGAUGGAGUUGGCGCCGCUCUUGGGAAGGAAAGGACGAAGGAGAAGUGCCUAAAGAGGAGAAGCGGCAGAAGGGCGAGCAGAAGGAUGCUCUCCGGGGAAAGAGAGGAGGAGGAGGGCACGCACGGAAAGGGAAGCGGCAGCGGAAGUGGAAGCGGCAAUAGUAACAGUAACGGGAAGGGAAGCGGCAACGGAAAAGGCAGCAGCCACAGCAACGUGGGCAGAAACGAGGACGACGCGGAGGAAGGGGAAAAGGACGGCCACUCGCCAAGUGCACCAAAAUUUCAGUAUAGAUGCACAGCAAAGUAUUUUAAAAGGCAUAACACGUAUAGGAGGCACCUAAAUGUCGGUAGGAGCUGGGAUGGAAUCAUAAGCACGAACAAGAAAUACUACGAGUUGUAUAAAGAUACUCUACACAGUCAGAAGCUCGAACCCAAGUUCGACAUGAAAGCGUUGAGGAUGUCCAUGAUCCAGUUGGGGCUCAUCACGGAAACGUGCUGGAGAAUAUUCCACCAUAAUAACUUUACGUUCUCCACACUACAGAAUCAUUCAAGGCAUUAUAAAAACCUAAUCGACUUUGAGUAUAAGCACAAGAACCAGGACCACUAUGAAGACAUCGACGUUGAAGAAGUAGGAGUGAAGGAUGUGAUGAGUAUGUAUGAGACGGUGGAGCUUUACCCGGAUUUUUUACAAGACUGGAAAUGCGUCGAGUUUGUAAACAGAGAGGAGAUUCGCCGAUUGAGGAGAGAGGAUUUAUUUUUCGUUAACCGAGGGUACUACGCGAGGUGCAAGAGGGAGCGCCGCAGAGGGGGCGGAGCAGUCGAUUUAGCAGGUGUUGCGGUCGGAGCAGGGGCGUCAGCGGGCAUCUCGUCAAAGUUCUUGGCCAGCGCACUGCUAAACGUGGUGUCGAACGUAGUAGGGAACGCUUCACCGAUCGCAGCGCCCAGUGGUCUGGGCGUGCAGACCCACGUAAGCCCAACCGAAGGGAAGAAGAAAAAAAAAAAAAAAAAAAAAAAAAAAUGCGAUAUCAUGAAUAUCAAAUUCUGGAGAAAUAUCAACACAGCGAUAGACAUGGAUAAGCUGCAUUGGAUACUCUACAACGAAAUAUUAGUCCACCUUUUCUACAAAAAUAUUAACUACGUUUCGUGUAGCAAUCUGAUCGAAACCUUGGUGCGUAACUUCUUCCUUUACAAGCACGAGUUGAAUAUCGUAAAGGAAAAAAGAAUCGCCAACCUGUUCAACCUACAGCUGUGGAAAAACCUGUAUAACGUCUCAUUCGAUUAUGUGUACCCCUAUAGAUUCACCGAUCAUAAUUACAAACGUUUUUUCAACAAGGUAAAGAAUGUACAUUUGCUAAAUAAGCUAGCCAUGGUACCACUCUCGGUAGAUGUCUUAAGACUGUUCAUGCAUUUCUUCCUAAACCAGCUACUCCACACCCCAGCAGACAUUCAGCACUUUAUCUCCAUUUCGCUCAUCAUUAUUAGCUUCCAAGUUAUGAAUGAAGUGUUCAUAAGAGAAAUUUCAAAAUCCUACGUAAGAUAUAUUUUUUCCUCAUUUUCACCUGAACAAGUCAGGCAAAACUUUGAAAAUAUAGCCAAAUAUAUUUGUGUCAAUUUGGAAAAAGGAACUUAUCAUCCCAUGAGGGGAGACAAAAGCACAUAUGGAGAUAGAAGCGAGUCCACUUGGGAUUACGAAACUUGCGUGAAUCCACCACCUUCCUCUAUCAAACGAAAAGAUGAAGAGAAUGACGAUACAGAGAAAUUUGAUGACGAGGGGAAGAUACAGUACCAGCUGUUUCAUACGUUCAUAUUUGACUCUUUCGUUGGGAAGGACGUUUCGAGUGCGCAUGAGGAGGUGGGACCUUCGACGGACUCACCCCUGGAGGGGAAUCCCCCUCAGAAAGGGGUCCCACCGAGUGACCUACCGAAUGGCCUAUCGAAUAACCUACCGAGUGACCUGCCGAAUGACCUGCCGAACGUAAAAAAACCCUCUGGUAGCGCCCCCAGCAGGGGAAAAGAACCACCACGUCGGGAAAGGGACAAAUGGAUGGACCACCUAAACCUCAUGGAGCUGUUCCAAAGUGUGAAGAAGCUGUCGUAUCGUUUUAACCAAGCAGAGAUAAAGCUGUUGCAGGGUUGUAUCCAGCAGAGUGACAUCCUUAUGGAUUCCGAAACAGACAGUGAUCACUUCGCACAUGAAGAAGUUAGCCAAAAUUAACGAAUUUAAGAAGAGAACAAAAAAGCUUAUGCUCCUUUUGUGUGAAGUUAACGACGAGUAUAUGAAGUAUGUGUACUGUAAUGGGUACCUUCCCAUAAAUAUAUUUUUAAGUACCAAUUUUACCAAGUAUGACCAAUUUUUUAAUGACUUUUAUCCAUUUCUAUACAACAGAAGGAGGAACUCCAAAUGGGGAUCCUUCCAUGUGCUAUAUGAGAAUAGGUUUCCCCGUGCGAGGGAGAGCAAGAAGGGACCCCUCGUGAUGAACAAAACUGUCAUGAAAAGGGACUAUAACUACUUGACCAGUAGCAGCAGCGGUUGUGGAAGUAGCGGAGCGAAGGAGGCGAACAGUGAGAAGACCCCCCCUAGUGCAGAAGUAGGAGGAGCACCCCGUUUGGUAGCUGCGAACAGACAGACGGACGUAGACACGGUGGAGAACGUGACCGGACAAUACACGUGUAAGAGCCAUCCAGGGUGCGCAAGCACCUACAAGAGACACAUAUUCGAAGAACAGGAGAUACUACCCAAAUCGUUAGGAAGCGCAACUCGCAGUGCAGUAGACCAAAGCGCACCGAUCAGUAGCUCCAGAGAAGGCCUAUUAACCACGGCCAAGUUACACACCACACGACAUAGCGACGAUAUGGAAGAGCCUCAUUUACCAAACGAGCUGAACCUAUUUAAGUACAAACUGUAUAACAUAUCUAGUGAAGAAAUCAGCGACCUUUACCUCACGAACGAUGCACAAGAGAGUACCUUCGACCCCAAAAUGAAGAACCACGAUUUUGAAUUCAGACACGUAAAUUUAGUGAGUCAACUUAGAUGCAAAUUUGAAGAGGUCCCCUAUGUGAACCACCUAUUUUAUAUGUACAAUGUGUAUCAGAACCUGUUCAGUUUGAAGGGAAUUAAGAGUAUCCAUGAUAUGAGAGACCGAGAAGUAGAAAUAUUUUCUGAACAAUUUCUGUUAAGUCGAGUAGGUGACGACAUUGCAGAUGGGAUACCAGCAGAAGUUAAUUUUUCCGAUGCAAGCUUCGAUAGCAAUAGGUCUAUUCACUUUUCAGAUCGAGAGUACACAGGUGAGAAGUGCCACCAGUGUGACGAGGAGGAUAGAUAUGAUGAAGGUGGAGUGACAGGAGAUGCUAUGACCUCCUCUCUUGGAGUCCUUAACGAAAUCCUUGAUGUUGGAGAAUUAAUCAAAGAUUUGAGGAAAAAUAAAAAGAGAAGGAGGAAGGUAAAGAAGAACAAAUAUGCAGAUGAUCUUUUUGUGAAUUUCUUUAACAAAUCGGUAAAGGUGGGUAAGAAGGGUGGCAAAGGUCAAAAUGGGAAUGGGAAGAAGGGAUUACUAACCCCCGGGGGUAGAAAAUCAUCGGGUGGCACUUCCUAUUCUUCUGCGAUUGGUACUCCACUACAACGUGACAGCAAAUCUGCAUCGCAAGUGGGAAGUGGCAGAGAAGAGGGGGCUGAUAAUGGCCCUACCGAUGUGUUUGUGGACCCCCAUGAAUUGAAACGAGUGGACAUCUCUCAAGGGGUGCAGCGGGGCCAAGGGGGUAUCACUCAAAAUGGAGCAAACGUGCCGAGUAGUGACCGCAGCGAUGGCUAUGUCAGCUGUAGAGGGGAGCAAUCAAACGGGGGAAGCCACAACGGUUGCCACCCUUCCUGCGAACCAUCCGCAUGCUCUGCCUACGGCAACCCCUCCGACAGGUCCAACACCGCCGACUCUUCCAACACCUCCGACACUUACAACACCGCCGACCUGUCCAACACCGCCGACCCGUCCAACACCGCCGACCCUUCCAACACCUCCGACUCUUCCUACAACAGUCAAGGCAGCCUCGACUUCCGCACCCUGCACGAUGAAAACGACUCCAGUAGCGACCUGGACAACACACUCAUCAGACGAAGAAUUCACGAAAAAAACAAUCCACCAGAUUCAUUCGUAGAUUUCAUGACCAGAAAAAAAUAUGCCAACAUGAAAAAUAAAUUAAAAAAUUGCAGAAUGGAUUUUUACAAAUAUAAAAAUAUGAACAAAAUACAGAGAUAUCACAUGCUGUUAAAAGCUAAUGGUUUUAAUAAAAUUUUUUUUUAUAAUAUCAGGAAGAUAUACAGCUAUGUGUAUAACCUGUACGACUUCGUACCUCUGUACUUGGUGCAGAAUAUCCUUCUUCACUUUCUCGGGGGGCAGAAGGAGGUGAGGAAGUACUACUAUGUUGAUGAUGCGUGUGGUGGUUCAACUCCUGCGGAGGAUGGAGAGUACCAGUUUAGUAAAUAUACCGAGUCUUUCUUUAGGAAAAAGAAAUGGAGAAGGAAGUAUGCCAAGCAUAGGGACCGAAUUAAUGGUUACCAUGCUCACGGGGGAGGUACACGCACGGGUGAUGUGAAGACUCAUUGCCGCGGUGGAUACGAGUCGGGCAAGAGGAACCCCGCAGAGGGGAAACCGACCUGGGAGGAAGCAGCAAGGGGAUCACGAGGAGAAGAAGUUUGCAAAGAGCCACCUGAGGGAGCCGCCCAUUUUGAUGCCACACUGAGGGAAGCACUCGGGGAGGUGCCAAGAGGAGUGCCCGGAGAAGUGCCCGGAGAACUACCCGGAGAAGUGGCCGAGGAGCCCAACCGCAGGGGCAGCGAAAAGGGCUCCAACGGCACGUCGUACGAAGUGAACAAGAAAAUAAAAACGCAGCACAGCAGUAGCGGCAAGUCGGACUCCAUGACUAGUCUGUUCGGCGCGGGAGGCAAGGGGGACCCCCACGGUUCAAGCGGUUUGUGGGGCGGUUCUCAAAGUGGCGUGCGAGGCGGUUCUCAAAGUGGCAUGCGAAGUGGCUCUCAAAGUGGCGUGCGAGGCGGUUCUCAAAGUGGCAUGCGAAGUGGCUCUCAAAGUGGCAUGCGAAGCGGGGUGGGAAGCUCUUCACCUAGCGAUUGCUUUUCGGGUUCUGCCCCGAAAGCACGAGGAAGCAAGGGGACCCCCCGACGCUCAUUCCAUCCCACCGACCUGAACGGAGAGCACCUACUAAGCGUGAAGAAGGUCUUCUAUAUAUUCUACCACUACCUCAAGAGUAACCAUUUCAUCGACGGGAAAAAUACGUGUAGCAAGAUAUACAGGAGGUUCCUAAAAAAUUACAUAAAAUCAGCAAACGUGUAUCUCCACUUCGUUGCCUAUAUUUUGUUUUCCAUUUACGACUGCAAUGCGUUGGCAAAGAAAUACUUAGACUACAUACACCUGUACAGCGACUUAGGGAAAUACAAUAUAUUUCUUCUCAUGCUUAAUGUGAACCCGCAGUUCGAUCAGAUAUACACAUACCAGACCCUACAGCUCAUUUUCCAUCCAUAUUUCUAUCAGAUGUAUCAGAUGUAUAAAUAUCUGAAAAUAGAUGCAGAACCCGUUUUGCCUCACCAUUUUUAUGAAAACCUAGAUAAAUUUAUUUCUUCGAGUUCUCUAUUCCAACCGAGUAAAAAUUACUUCACCAUGAUUAAGAGAUACUUCAAAACCAAGUGUGUUAGCUGUAGCAAAUCGCCUAUGAUUAUCCUCAUUUGUCUGUUUUGUGGGUCCACCAUAUGUCUUCAAGAAAGCGAAAAUGUCCGUGUCCCCCUCUCUGAGUCCAUUGGGAAAUGCGGCUACCACACCACCAUCUGCGGCGGGGACCAGGCCCUCUACCUUUGCCUCAACGUCUCAUCGGUUCUCUUCGCGAGCGAGCACCGGUUCGGCCUCGUCAGCGGCCCCUACGUGGACAAAAACGGAGACGUCGACCCACGACUCAAGCGCGGAAAAAAUCUGUAUCUUUCUCCGCACAAGAUGAACCGGAUAUACGAGAUCAUUACGUCGAGAUCUACAAACAAACGCAAAAGUCGGAUUAAAAGCCCCUGCACUCCUCCCAUUCGGCCGACCGGGCCGUCUUGUCCCACAGGCCCAUUUGAGGCAGGGGAGGAGGAGAGGAAGAAGAAGAAGCACAAGAAGAAGAAGGAGCACAAGAAGAAGGAGCAAAAGAAGAAGAAGAACCCCCUUCUUGCUCCCUCAGUUUACGCCCCAAUUUUGAAAUCCUCCCGUUGA